AUGUUUGAAAGCCUUAGUAGAGAAGCAAAACAUAUCUUUGAUUCAAAUGGAGUUCUGUCAGCAUACUCAAGUUCAAUUUGGGUCAAAAUUAAAGAUGAACUAAAGGGGAAAAUAUCUGCUGGAUCAUUUUACAUAAGCAUUUUACAAGAUCGCCAGUCUUGGCGAACAAAUUUGUUAAAGAUUCUUGGUAUAACAAUUGAUCAAAGUACUUUUGAAAUUGAAGAAGACGUGCUUGAAAGUUCUACAAAUUUAGACGGUAAAAGUGAUUCUGAUUCCGAUGGGAAUUUAAAGACAUUUAAAUUUGAUAUACUUUACACAGAGUAUAUUAAAAUGAAACCGACAGGCGUUCGUUAUGGGAAAAGAUAUAAACCAUUUAUUGUCUUAAAGCAAGGCAAUGGACCAAUGUCAUUCAUAAAUAAUGCUUUCCUUAAAAAUCACAAACUACCCUGUGCGUUCAUUUAUAAAAUAUGUAGAGUAGCUUUGAUCCCAAGAUCCUAG